GCUGUAGAGGGGGGAGGAGGAGGUGUGGGUAGAGUCAAGUUUUAACCAGGGUUUAGUAUUGAAACACUGUUAACAGAGCUGAGCUCGGACUCCUGGUGAAUACAGGCUGAUCUGGGGGUGAAUACUGAGCGUGGACUGAGGAUUUGAGGAUCUGAGGAUGAGGGUCUGGGUUCCUGUGAUUCUCCUGCUGUUCGGGGUGAGCGCGAGCUCGGCGCAAACUGCCGCACCUGGACAAACAUGUGAGAACAAAAACAGCACAAACUGUGAGGAUUGUUUGCAAAACACUUCGUGUUUGUGGUGUAUAAAGACGCAGUCAUGUAUCACAUACCCCGUCCGAUCUAUCCUGCCCCCCCAGUCUCUCUGCCCACUGAACGAUGCUCGCUGGGGGCUCUGCUCAAUGAACUUCCAGAUUUUGAUCAUUACGGUGUCAGUGGUGGCGGGGGCGCUCAUCAUCGCCUUCUUCUUCUGCCUGUUCUGCUGCUGCAAGUGUGAAAACUGCGGAAGCUCCAGCUCUGAGAGCAAGAUGCAGCGGCAAGCAGACAAGAGGAGCACCAAACAGGAAAAGCGGAAAGCUGAGAUGAGAGUGCGACAUGAUGAAAUUCGGCAGAAAUAUGGUCUCAGUAAGGCCAGCCCUUAUGCCAGGUUUGAGAAUGCUGCCUGAGAGGAGCUCCUGAGUGAACCUUCAAAACCUUUGCAAACUGCCUUUAAUGACUUUUACUUUGAUGCUGCUGUCUGAUAAUGUCUGAUUUUAUUAGCUGAGUCAUUAUCAAAAUACUGUGCCUUUUUGGCCCUGAAGACAAAAAAAAACAUUACUUAAGAUUUUUCAUUCUUUCGACAAUUUUUAAUCAGUUUAAUUUCUAAACGUAUGACUUCAGAUUACACAGAAAUGUUUUCACAGGAUGUCUUCUAGUUUAAUCAGUUUUUAUUUUCAUUUUUUAAUAUUAUAAUUAAUGUAAUAUUUUACCCGUGACAGGGUAAACAACAGCUUUUCCUCAGCGAAAUAUGAAGACAAUAUAAGAUAUAUAAUGUAAAUAGCUGAAUAUUUUUAUGAAAAUAACAAAAUGAAUAAUUUAAUUUGUUUUUAUUUCACUGUGCCACAAAAGGCACCUUAUACUGAUAGUGACCCAUUGCCCCAAACUAUAGGCCACAUCAUACUAAUAGUUUUCUGUACACUGAUUUUUAUGAGCUCAGAAUCUUUAAAGGGUUUAGUGGAAAUGUUUAGUUGGGACUUUCUUAAUUUAGGACAGGGGUGUCCAUUCUUAUCUGCAAAGAGCCAGUCUGGCUUUAGGUUUUCAUUUUCAGCCAAGGUGAAGCUCUUGUUUUCACUAGUUUGCAGACAGACCAGUUGAUGAAACCAGUGUGCUGCUGGUUGUUUAUAGUAAAACAAUGGAUUGGACACCUUGAUUAAGAUUUCUCUGAUUUAUUGCUAUUUAUGUUAAUCAACAGCAAUACGUUCCUAUGUAUUGUAGGUUUGACUGAGAAUAUGGAAAAUAAAAAUAAAAUCUUUUUUUCUGUGAA